CUCUUCCUGGAAGUCUUGAGUCUCGCACGGCGCAGUGAGUUCAUGCACCUCCUCGCCAAGCCUCAGCCUGCGGGUUCUGGGGAGGCUGCCGCCAGCACACCGCCCGGUUCCCCGCGCCCUCUCGCCGCCGCUCGGGGGUCUCUCCCGGAGGCCCCCACCGCCGCCCCUUCACAUAUGAAGAUGUACGUGCAAAGGGCUCUGGUACUGCUCUCCCUGCUGAGCUUCGCUACCGUGAGCCUCUCGCUGUCUUCCUGCACCACCUUGGACCUGGACCACAUCAAGAAGAAGCGGGUAGAGGCCAUCCGAGGGCAGAUCCUGAGCAAACUGCGGCUCACCAGCCCCCCGGAGACCGUGGGGCCGGCCCAUGUGCCCUACCAGAUCCUGGCCCUCUAUAACAGCACUCGGGAGCUGCUGGAGGAGAUGGAGGAGGAGAAGGAAGAGAGCUGUUCUCAGGACAAUACCGAGUCCGAAUACUAUGCCAAAGAGAUUCAUAAAUUUGACAUGAUCCAGGGCCUCCCCGAGCACAAUGAGUUGGGCCUUUGUCCAAAAGGUGUCACCUCCAAUGUGUUCCGCUUUAAUGUAUCGUCAGCAGAGAAGAACAGCACCAACCUAUUCCGGGCUGAGUUUCGGGUGCUGCGCGUGCCCAACCCAAGCUCCAAACGCAGUGAGCAGCGCAUUGAGCUCUUCCAGAUCCUUCGGCCAGAUGAGCACAUAGCGAAACAGCGGUACCUCAGUGGCAGGAAUGUGCAGACACGGGGCUCCCCUGAGUGGCUGUCCUUCGAUGUCACCGAGACCGUGCGUGAGUGGCUUCUGCACAGAGAGUCCAACCUUGGCCUGGAAAUUAGCAUACACUGUCCUUGCCAUUCUUUCCAGUCCAAUGGGGACAUCUUGGAGAAUUUCAAUGAAGUCCUGGAGAUCAAGUUCAAAGGCAUUGACAGUGAGGAUGACUAUGGACGUGGGGACUUGGGACGCUUGAAGAAGCAGAAAGACUUGCAUAAUCCCCACCUCAUCUUGAUGAUGUUGCCCCCACAUCGACUGGAGAGCCCCGUGCUGGGAAGCCAGAGAAAGAAACGGGCCCUGGAUACCAACUACUGUUUCCAGAACCUGGAGGAGAACUGCUGCGUGCGUCCUCUGUACAUUGACUUCCGGCAGGACCUUGGCUGGAAAUGGGUCCAUGAGCCUAAGGGCUACUUUGCUAACUUUUGUUCAGGCCCUUGUCCAUACCUUCGCAGCGCAGACACCACUCACAGCACGGUGCUGGGUUUAUAUAACACCCUGAACCCUGAGGCAUCUGCUUCACCCUGCUGUGUUCCCCAGGACCUGGAGCCACUCACUAUCUUGUACUAUGUUGGGAGGACCCCCAAAGUGGAGCAACUCUCCAACAUGGUGGUGAAAUCUUGCAAGUGCAGCUGAAAGGCCCCC